CAGUAGUUCAUUACCAAGCAGCUAUGAAUUCCAAGCUGAUCUGUUCCCUUCUAAUCGUCCUAUCUGUGGCAAAUGUCGUCUUUGCACGCUGCAGGGGUCGCGGCAAUGGUGGCGGAGGAAGCGGUGGUGGAGGAGCAGGAGGUCCUGGAGAGGGUGGUGGUCCGCUUAUCAUUAACCCAGCCCGUCGUUCUGCUGCCUCAAGACAGACUGAGAGCAAUGCUACAGUAGAGUUUAGUGCAGUGAAUGGUGGCAACAAUGAGCAGGCUGAAGACGAAGGUGCUGACAUAAAUGAUGGCAGUGAUAAUGGUGAAGAUGAGUUUAACGGGUUCAGGCCAGGACCUCCCAAUGGAUUCCGCGGCAAUUACGACUUCAGAGGGAACAACGGGUUCCGAGGCAAUAAUGGGUUCCGUGGCAACAACAGAUUCAGGGGCAACAACGGAUUCAGGGGCAACAAUGGAUUCAGUACUGACAAUGAAGACCAUGAGGAGAGUGAGGAUCAGAGUGCUAAUGAUGGUCUGGCAAAUACCAACAUUGUAGCAGAUAGUGAGGAAGUUGAAUUUGACGGGUUCAGGCCAGAGCGACCUAACAGUCCUCGAGGCAAUCAUGGCUUCCGGGGAAAUAAUGGAUUCCAAGGCAGAAAUCAAUUCCGAGGCAAUAACGGGUUCCGCAGGAACAAUCAGUUCAUGGGCAGCAAUGGAUUCCGAGGGUUCCAAAGAUUCCGUGCAAAUAAUGGCUUUCGUAGUGACAUCGAUUUUGAAGAUGGAAAUGGAUUUAGUAGCAAUCAAGACGAUUUCAGAGGGAACAAUCAAAAUGAUUUCCGAGGCUUUAACAAUGGUCGAGGACGCUUUUAAGGCCCUAUUGCAACAUUACUAAUGCAUAUUUACCAAGCUCAAGAAAAAUUUAUCAGUCGGUAAAAAAUGUCAACCAGAUAUUUGAAUGAACAGGGAGAAAAUAAAUACAUGGUAGAUUGUAAAGUUUUACGCAUAAAA